AUGAGAGGCCCCCGGCUGGAGACCCCUGUGCUGUUUCUGCUGCUGCUGAGCAGUCUGACUGGGAAAGAUCAAGCUUCAGCCAUCCUGCCUGCCAUCAUCAUCGCCAGCUUCAAGCUCAUUUCUGCAGAGAUUACCUAUCAAGCUUCAGCCAUCCUGCCUGCCAUCAUCAUCGCCAGCUUCAAGCUCGUUUCUGCAGAGAUUACCUAUCAAGCUUCAGCCAUCCUGCCUGCCAUCAUCAUCGCCAGCUUCAAGCUCGUUUCUGCAGAGAUUACCUUUACAGUUGAUGACGCAUCUCCGACGAUCACCUCGGAUCCUCCAGGAACAGAUGAAGAAUCAUCCCUGCAGACCACCUUGGAUCCUUCAGCAAACCCUGACCCCUUAGAAACAGGUCCAACAGGUCAGACAGACGAAGAAGAAGGUCCUGAUCUCCUUCUCAUCCUGAUUCCUGCGGUUCUGGCGGUCGUAAUCAUUGGUGCGAUUGUUGGAGUCGUUAUCAUCAUGCGCUGCCGCAAAGACAACGCACAGAACCAAGAGCCAAGUAAAGAGGGCCUAGAUCUGGAGGGAUUCACCACAAACAACGUGUAUACUGUUGGUGUGUACACGUGUGUUCCGCGGGACAAUGUGAAGAUGAUGUACCGUCUGUACUGAAGCUAGAAAUGGAGGACCUGGACCAAUUAAUGCAGAAAGACGCAUCCUUCAGCUUUCUAGAACUGCCCAUUGCUAAUCACCUGUGCAUGACCCAAGCCUGUCCUCCAGAUCCGGAUCACCCUCUGCCAUCCUGCCUGAUGACUCUGCAGUGUGUGAGCUAGCUCCCAUCACUGCAUGGUUGAUCCAGCUUGUUCCUCGCCUGCAUACUAGUUUUUGUUUCUAAUAAACCUUUAGAAUGCAA